AUGAUUUUUGGUUUAGUUGACGCGGCCAGUGGAAGUCUGUCGCUGCGGGACACGCCAUCCCAAGGGUAUUUCAAUCCCUCGAGCAAUGGAGGAUCUAUGUUAACGACUGUAGAAAAUACGAGUCCGCUAGGCCAACAGGAACCUAUUAACUUGAUCAUUUCUGCAAACUCUGACUCUGCUGUAUUGAAAGAUGGGAACAUAGAUGGCGGGCUACAGAACUACUUCAAUUCUUUAGGCUUCGCUGGUGAAUGUCUUGGGAAUCAUCUAGGUGAUGAUCAACAAGCCAACUUGGGUGAUGGAAAUGGGUUAAUCAACCAAACCGGUGUCAUGAGAUGGGACUACGGGAAUGUACAAACAGGCACCUGUGAAGAAACAAUAGACGGUGGGAAUCACUUUCGUUAUUGGAUACAGAAUGGCAGUGCUGCAGAUAGCAACGCAGUUUUCGUGGCUGCAUCUUACGAGCUUCCAGCAUCGAGCAAUCACGACAUCGUGGUGAACGGCUACAAUUUUGGCAGAGACUGGAUUGUUGGAAAUAUCACGGGCUCCACUAUUCCUACAGCUUCUCUAACCAACUCAUCCUCGUAUUCUGGGAAUACCUCAUCCAAUGGUUUUUCCUUCUCUACAACCGUUCAAUACGUUUCGGGUCUACUGCCUAACACCAGCGCUGGGAUAAACCACAACCUUACAGUGGCUACAGAUGGUGAAAAUGCAGUAGAUGGUUUUGUUGCCGUUCUAACCGUCAAGAUCACUGCAACGAAUAGUAGUGCCUCCGCAGCUCCCAGCGCAGCUCCCAGCGCAACUUCUAACUCUUCGAGUAACAGUGCUGCUCCUAUCAUGCUCACAUCUUGUUUGCCUUUGCUUCUGCUUCCCCUCGUGGUACUCACAUCUUACCCCAAUUGA